AAAAGCAUUCGAUUUCGCGAACUAUAUGCAUUUUGAAAACAACAUAAUUUCGUAGUUUAUCGAAGACAAGAGAACCCGUAAACGGCUUGAAUAUUUUAUUUGCGGUUAAAAAAAUGAUGGAUCGGGUUAAGAGAAACGAUAAAGCUUUCGCUGAGUUUGAAUGGAUGGAGAAAAUGGAUGAAUUCGACAAGCAGAUCGAAGCUGAAUUGUGGGAAGAAGAACUCAUCCGUUGUUGUAUUGAACAACUGCUGGAAGAGGAAGAAGAAAGAGAGUCGUUAACAGCUGCAGAGAUUCUACAGCAAAAGAUGGAAACGACGACGUUGGACGGAAGAAAUGGAGCGAACCAGAGACCCGUCAAUGGCAGUGUUUUACCGAACUACCAAAACGGUUACACGUCCAACUUCACGGGAAGAAGUACGUUAAAUCCAAAUGCAGCUGUGUUCGUCCCCCGCAAUUGUCAGGCAUCGUCAUAACAACAAUGCAUGCCGCAAGACAUUGAUGGCAUGAGUCUCCAUUGUGUGUGAAUAAUUCCUAAAUUAUUGUACAUAAAAUUUUUACGUUAGACUUUUGCCAGCAUUUGUAAAGAUAUAUUUUAAAUUAAAUUGUUAUAUAAAAUAAAAGUU